UGAAUCCCUUGUUGUUCUUGGUUCAAUCAAGAUUCCCCUAAAAUUUUUCAAGAAAAUGAUUCUAAACACCCCUACUUGUACUCACACAUUCACUCCCAAGAAUCACCAUCCCACCACCACUGCUACACUUUUGCCCAAAACCCUUUUUCUUCCUCGUGGGCUGCCCAUUUUUGGUAGAAAAAUCAAGGGUUUUUCAUCAGAUUGGGGGUUUGUAUCUGAUAAAACAAGUGGGAUAGGAAGAUCAAGAAUCAAAAGUUCAUUGAUUGAGGCUCCUGUUUUGUGGGCUGGGAGGGUAUGUAUAUUUUAUGCCCUCUUGAAGGCUGGUUUGGCUGGAUCCCCUUCUAAUCCACUGGCAUCCACCACAGAACUUGAAAGUGACGGUGACGAUUUGGGUUUCUCCAAGUGGUUUGCAGAAUUCAAAGGCAAACCAGAGAAAGAAGCAGCAGAUAAAAGAAAAUUAGUUAGCAAAUGGCACCCGACAACUAAGGGUACGCUUAGGCGAAACUACAGGAUCCCUUCAACAUCUGAAGGGCGUCGCCUUCUCAAAGCCAUAGCUUCUUUACUUUCAGAUGAUGAUCACUUCAGAGAUGCCACCUCCCACAAGGGUUGUCAAAUAAGAAGGGAGAGUGCUCAUGGAGAAACUGUAUGCUGCAACAACGUUAGAGCUUUGUUUGAUGAACUCCCAACACCGCAUUUGGUUGUCGAGAUUACACCUUUUCCCGCCGGCCCACUUACAGAAAGUGAUUAUGCCAGGGCUGAAAAGUUGGAGAAAGUUCUUAGAUCUGGUCCUUCUGUAUGAUUGCACCUUCUUGUAUGUGUAACAAACUAAAUAGCCUGUACAUAUACAUCAUCCUUUUAGCACCACAACUUUCCAUGAGAAUUCUGCACCAAGAUCAAACUUCGAAUUCGACCCAAGUUAGAGAAUGCAUCUGUUCAACGC